UCAAAGUGGAAGUUGAACAAGUUGGGCGGCUACUUAACAGUUACGUCAACGUGUGUGUUUUCGGCAGUAUAGUAUUUACGUUUAGUGGUCCAAAUCGGUGAAUAACCUAAUGUAAAUCAGUUAGUACAAAAAGUGAACCAGGAUAAGUUGUUUUGAACUAACUUUGUUGACUUUCAGUGGUCUAAGUUCCCACGUUUAUUGAUUUUUGAAACGUAUCUAUGAGGUUUCACACAACCAAUUCUUGAAUGCUGAGAAGAACAUGUGCACCUCAUGACUCAGUGCACAGGAGUUCCUUGUGAAAUUAUAUACCUGUAUGUGGCGUUCUAAAUUAGCAUUAACUCUUAAUUCUUCCCAUUGGUUUGUAAUAUCAUAUUGAAUUAAUUUCCUCCACGUCUUGUGGAUUGAGUGGAAUUAAAAAUUAAAAGAUGGAUACUAGAGAUCUCACAGCUUUUGAUAAUGUCGUAAACUGUAACGAAGAUUUUUGCUCAGACCCUGAAAAUCAUAACAAACUUUCUUUUCCGAUUUCUGGCCUGUGUGUCUAUCCAACUAUCAAGAAGGAAAGGCAGUCACAUUCAGUGAAUGAUAUCUUUAUAUCCAAUUCUCUUACUCCGGAGCAUAAUAGAAGAUGGAAACCUCUGAAUGCAAGUAAUCUAAGAAACUCAGUGGAUUAUAAAUGUGGAAGAAUGCUACAAAGUUUUUACUCUUAUGACGAACCUUUGAGAUUCACUAGCUACCGACCUAUUUCAAGCACUUUUGAUUGCGUCGAUUUGCAUUUCCUUCCUACAAAGGAACGUCUUGUAUCGCUGAAAUUACCAGCAGUAAACAACUAUCCUCUCACCUCAUCUGAUUGUUCUCAGUCUAUAGAUACAACUAACAAAAAGCAAACUAUGCCAGUGUUAAAUUUUACUCUUUAUAAACCCAUAGAGAAACGUAUGAGAUCUCUCUCUGAAGCUUCUUUGCAUCACGUUUGUGUUUUUAAGGAAUCAACAAAUGCUAAACAAAUAUCCAUGGGUCAUUAUGAAAAAGAAUUGAAUUAUCUUAAGCAGCAACUUAUAAAACGUACUAAGGAAACAGAAAAAAUUGCAGAUGAACUCAUGCAUGUUAAACAUGAAGAAAAACAAUUCGACAACCAUUUGCGCGAAUUAACGAAGGAUAGUACAAUAAAGGCAGAUACUAUUGCUAAACUGAAGGAAAAAGUUUCUGAAUUGUAUGUGGAAGUGGAAUCCCUUCGUUGUACUCAUUUGGAGGCUUUGUGUCAUCAAAAAGACUUGCAAAAAGAAAUCGAAAAUCUAAGAUGCUCGCGUGAUUGGUACGCAGAUCAACUCUUUUUGACACAAUCUGCUCGUGAUCGUUUUCAGAACGAGCCAGAUAAGAUUCAGAGUUUGCUGAGAGAUAGUAGUGAGAUAAACCACCGAUUGACUCAUGAGAAUGCUUGUCUACAGGCUCAGUUAGCAUGCAGUAAAGCUUCUUUAGCCGAUGCAAAGCGAAAUCUUUCUCGUCAGCUGGAAUCUAUUCGUAUCGACAUGAUAGAGCGUGAAGCUAUUUUUGAGCGGAUUUCUGCUGAACGAGCUUCUUUUGAGAAUAUUAGUCGUCAACGGGCUGAUGAAAUCAGAGAGUUACAAAUACAGGUUUCAAAUUUACAAAUGGAACUUAAAGUUAACGAAGAACAUCUUUUACACCAGAAAGGUAUGCUGUUGAAAACUCAAAGGGCUCUUGAAGUCUCGGAAAGUAGGUGCAAUGAACUGCAAAAUAUGUUAAACAACUUCGAAAGAGAGCAUUCAGCUAAAGAAAAUUAUUUGAACGACCAAAUCUCUAAAUAUAACAUCAUUUUAGAAAGUCUUAAGGAAUACGAUGAGGGUCAUAAGAAUAAAGGUAUUCUGAUUGAUGAAAUCCUAGAAGAAAAGGCAACACUUACAGCAGCUCUCUCUUCCAUACAAUGUGAAAAGGAAACACUCAACGACUACCUAGUCGGUUUGAAAGACAACUUAAUCAGAGUUGAAGAGAGUUUCAGCAUACUAAAGAGUGAAAUAGAAUCGAAAUCUGCUCAUAUUGCGGAACUCACUAGUCAACGAGAUAAUAUGAUUCAUAAGAUUGCAACUCUUCAGGAUCAGUUGAGUAGUUACUGGACGGUAAUUGAGAGUUUAAAAAAAGAAAAAGAGGAAUUAAAUUCUUCUCUGAAAAUUUUGCACAUGGAGAUAGAGAAUUAUCGUAAAGAUUUCACCAAAUUGAAUUUUCCAUCUGAAAAGGCUGAUUUCAGCAUGCAAACUACUUUUGAAAGAUCUCUGGAGACUGAGUCUAUUAUACCUAGCCACGUAACUGGUUUUUCUGCAUCAAAUUCAACUGUUGUCCAUUUCCCAGAUAGUAAUAUUAAAAGUACUGCAAAUCAACAAGAAAAUAUCUCGUCACCGUUCCUAAUGAAUGAUUCGCGUACUUCGGAAGUUGUUUUCCAGGGGAAUGAAAUUAACUCUUCUCAGGAGCUGCAUAAGAAUGAAAGAAAACAGAUUCCAACAAAUGCGAUUCCUACAACGCAUUCAGUUUUAUCAAGUGAAGAAUGUAUAACUUGCCACGAAAAUCCACGAAGUCCAUCCAGUUUACAGCAUUCUCGGGAAAACUGCCAACUGAAUUCUUCUUUGAGUACAGAUGAAAUUCAGAAUUCAUGUUUAACAACAAACCAAACUACUUCCAUCUCUAUAAGUUAUCUACCUAAAUCAUAUGAAAUAAAUCAAAGUAAUUCAGAACAUGCAAUUUCUGAUUUCUUUAAUCCGAAUAAUGCAUAUUCUUUUAAUAACAUCACGUAUAUGCAGCUACCAUCAUCCGACCUUCUGAUCAAUACUGAUUUAGCUCCUGGUCUCCAAAGUUCAAACACGCAUACAACAGCUUAUUCAGCUGGUAACCAACAACACUAUUUAAACACAAACGUUUACGAAAAUCAGGACAACGAUCCUCAAUACGAAUCUUACCUUCACUCUUAUGGUUCAUAUAAUCUACCAACUGAAAAUUCAUGCUUGUUAAACUCUGGAGUUGUUUGUAGCAAAAUUACAGUUUCAUCUACUGAAAUUCCUUCAAGUGUCAACUCUAUUCAACCCAGUACUCAUAAACAGCAGCCGGUUUCAUCCGAACAGUCAGUUGGUAACAUUUACAACUGUCUUAAUGAUCAAAUGCCUCAGCAAGGCACUUACUUUCCUGACAAAAAAAAUACGCACAAGAUAUCUUCAUUAACUGAACAGGAUUCAAAUUUCGAGGGCAUAAUUAUGGAGGAGCGAAACAUUAAAGACAGUGCGCAUACAGUUGCAGAGAAAAAGAUAAGCGUUAGUUUGGCUGAAUAUUUUAUGCAUGAUAAACAAAACGAUCAGUUAGAUGUGGAUCACAAUAAAGAAUUCGAGUCGCAUUAUUUUUCACCCACCUCAGAAGUUUGCGAAAUAACAAAGUGCAGUUAUUCGUCUUUUGAAAGUUCUAAUAGAACUUAUGUUGGCAAUAAUUCAGGGUUUGACCCUAGGCCAUGUGAGAAUGAGGAGUUAUAUUCCAAAACUGUCAUUCUCCAGCACAGUGAUGAUCAAAGUUUUUAUCAGUCUCCCUCUAUUUCUGAGGCGCCUAAUGACUCAGGGGUGUACAGUGCUUCGCAGUCUGAUAUUACAACACGAUCUUCAGUGCAACAAUGCAAUGCAUCUAGUGUACCUUUAAUGCCUAGUUAUGAUGAUUUGAAAAGUUUGGAAAGUGAGCGGGAUUAUCUUUCUGAGCUGACUUCAAUUUUAAGACAGAAUUUGGCUGAAGCCGUCAACAAUAUGACAACUUCCCAAAAGGAAGCAGAGGUUCAAUCGGCUAUAGCUAAACGUGAAAUGUUGGCUCAUGAAGAAGUAACAAAGGUUCACAAUCAAACUUUACUAGAACUUGAUACUAUCAAAGCGGAACUUAUUGAGGCUCAAAAAUUAGUGGGUAAUCUGCGUCAGGAAGUUACAUCAUUAAAAGAGGAAAAUACCGCAUUACUUGCACGUGAAGAUGAAAAACAAUCACUCUACGAAACUGAAAUUAAAUCAAUGAAAACUAUUAUUAAGAUAACUAGCGAUCACUUGUCAACAUUAGCUCAAUCACUUCAGGACGUUAUGGAUGAGAAAGCUAUGUUACAAGAAGAAUUGAAUCGUUUGAAAAGUGGAAUACGUGCUCAUUUGAGUAAAUUUAGUUUAUUUACUCGAAUGCAGUCACAUGGUGCACCUAAAGUUGUCAAUCAAGCUGCUAUUUCACUAGCUGCUUUAGGAAUUGAUGUGGACAGUCUGAAGGAGUCAGUCAACGGUGACUUUGAUAUACUCUUCCAGAAAAAGCAGAGACAUACUUUUAAUCCAUCUUUCGAGGUCCUUCGUGCAGAAUUAAUGGAACUUGAAAAUGAUUUGGCUUCUCAUGGUAUGAUUACCAGUGGUGUUGCUCUAAAUGAUCGGUAGUCGAAUAACGAAUUUAUAGUGGGAUUCUCAAAUAUUUGACAGAGGAUCGAAAAUUAAAUGAAGCACUAAUGUGAUUGUCCUAAGCAUCUUUCUCUCCCUACCCCGUCUCUCUCUCUCUCCCUCUCUCUCCCUCUCUCUCUCUCUCUCUCUCUAUAUAUAUAUAUAUAUAUAUAUAUAUAUGAUAU